UCAAUCAACAUAAGAUGUUGAAGUAGACCACUUGUGGGUAGAUGCAGACUGUGAAUGCAUUGCCAAUUUCCUUUCCUUCUGUCAUGAGUCCUAAAUCUAAUUCUAAUCAAGCUCACGCUAUCCAUUUCCCUCCUAUACGCAAAAGGAAAACUUAUCAUCAAUGCAUCCUUUAGUCCUUCACUCUCUCCCGCCAGCGCCAAUUGAUUCUUCUUUUCCUCCCACACCCAAACCUUACUCUACACUUUCGCCACUGCCCCACAACAGCUUCGCCACCAUAAUCCGAGAAGUUAAAACGGCCAAGUUGCAUGGUUUUGCAGCUUCAGCAUCACCCUCUACCCCAAAAACCAAAACCCAGAAGCAGGACGAUGAUUAUCACACCACUCUUAAAGCCCUCAAUUCCAAGGGUCGCUUUCCCCGCAAAUCCCUUGGCCAACAUUAUAUGUUGAAUGGUUCGAUAAAUGAGCAGUUAGUCGGUGCAGCUGAUGUCAAAGAAGGGGACGUAGUGCUUGAGAUCGGGCCCGGGACUGGUUCACUUACCAAUGUCCUCGUUACUGUUGGAGCCACUGUUCUUGCUAUUGAGAAGGUUUUGCAGGAAGAUUUUACAAGAUGUCAUAUACGCUCUCACAUGUCACUGAUUAUGGAAGGUAGAAGUUUUGUGGAGUCACAACGUGCAAAGGUAGUUGCCAAUAUACCUUUCAAUACAAGUACAGAUGUGGUAAAACAACUUCUUCCAAUGGGUGACAUGUUCUCAGAAGUUGUCCUUCUACUCCAGGAGGAAGCAGCAUUGCGUUUGGUGGAUCCAUCCUUGAGGUCCUCAGAAUAUCGACCUAUAAACAUUUUUGUGAACUUUUAUUCAGAUCCUGAGUACAAAUUUAAGGUCCCAAGGACAAAUUUCUUCCCGCAGCCAAAGGUGGAUGCAGCAGUUGUUGCCUUCAGGCUGAAGCAAGCUUUGGACUAUCCACGAGUUUCAUCCACAAAAAGCUUUUUCUCAAUGGUGAACUCAGCAUUCAAUGGAAAGCGUAAAAUGCUGAGAAAAACACUGCAGCACAUCUGCCCUCCCACCGAGAUAGAAGCAGCUCUGAGUGAAGUUGGUUUUCAAACCACGUCAAGACCAGAGGAGCUUGCUUUGGAGGAUUUUGUAAAAUUGCACAACCUGAUUUCAAAACCAUAGGUAUUUUGGGUGUCAUUUGAAUAAUGGCCUCGUGGGAGAAUCCAUCAUUGCCAAACUGGAUAUAUCAGGACAGUAUUUCAAGGAACCCCAAGAUUGCCAACCCGGACAAUGUUAGAUCUGCUCUUCACUUUUUGUUUCUGGUGGGGCUAAUCAGUUUAGGCCAGAUCACAAGCUAGAUUGUUGAGCCACCCUGUUGAGUUUGCCUCUUCACAGGAUGGGUAGGAGUUCAUAUUUCCUGCCUACGCUGUUGAAACAAGGAGUUUCUGAUUAUCAUUCUCAUUUGUCGAUUAUAUAUAACACGGGUUAAAUAAAUGUAGGCAAGAGAAGUGUAACAAUAUCAAGUGUGUGUGUGUGUGUGUGUUUUUGGCACUGGAUGGUGCUAAAAUGUUGACCAAUGAUAGCUCAUGUUUAACAGAACUACACAAGGUAUCAUUACCCUUUUUUAUGCACA